AUGGCUGUUGCAGUCGGCGUCAGAGCAGCUCCAGUGCCGGGGUUAGCACGGGCUCUGGUUCUGGGACUGAGGGGCAGUCAAGCAGCAAGAUGGAGGGGGUGGGGAACUGCAGCUCCCGGCAGCCUCUGGGCUUUGUGUGAGCGCCCCGCGGGCUGCCGGGAGCUGUGGUUCCACGGGCGGGCAGCCGGGGCUGCGCGGUCUGAGCGCUUGUUACACCCCGCGCAGGAUUCGGACGGAGAACGCGAGGACUCGGCGGCUGCGCGCGCCCGGCAGCAGCUAGAGGCGCUGCUAAACAAGACUAUGCGCAUUCGCAUGACAGAUGGACGGACACUGGUCGGCUGCUUCCUCUGCACUGACCGUGACUGCAAUGUCAUCCUGGGCUCGGCGCAGGAGUUCCUCAAGCCGUCGGAUUCCUUCUCUGCCGGGGAGCCCCGUGUGCUGGGCCUGGCCAUGGUACCCGGACACCACAUCGUUUCCAUUGAGGUGCAGAGGGAGAGUCUGACCGGGCCUCCAUAUCUCUGACCACGAUGGCGCUUACCUUUCAGACUUCAUUAAACUUAUGACCGAA